AUGGAGAAGCUGGAGAGGGAGCGGGAGAAUGCGGCCGCGGUGGUUGUGGAUUUGGAGAGCCAGGCGGUGGAAAUUGGGUCGCGGAUUAAGGCAAUGCAGUCGGAGCCAUCGAAGAAGAAGCCGCUGGAGAAGGAGAAGGGGAUUUUGGAGGAGGACGUGGUGAAGUUUAAUGAGAUGAUCGAGAAGCUUAGGGAGAAGAUUGCGGAAUUGGAGAGGGAUUUGGAGAGGAGGGAGAAGGCGUUGGAGGAGAAAGUGGCGGAGAAGGAUCGGGUUUGCAAGGAGAACGAGGAGCUGAGGAAGAGGGUGGAAACGCAGACGGUGAAGUCGAGGGAUGUGGAGAGGAUGAGGAGGGAGCUUCAGGCCGUGGAGCGGGAUAUUGGCGACGCGGAAAUGGCGAGGAACUUGUGGGAGGAGCAGUCUUGGGACCUCGACGCCACGCUCGGGCAAAAGUUGAAGGAGAUCGAGGCUCUUGCCAUGGAAUGCAACCAGGGGAUGAGAAGGUUGAAAUUUGGUGAUGGCUUUCAGUAUGCCUUGAAUGCCAAAGGCUCAACACCUGCUGAGGUAAUGGGGAUUGACUACAAAUCAACUUUAAAGGCUCCACUUGCUUCCUUUGCUGAGGAUUUAAAGAAAAAUUCUAUGGCAAAAUUGGAGGAAUUUAUCCCGCUUCAGCAAGAAUCAAAUGAUAUUGCUAAUAAGGUCGAGGGAAAAAGAAAUCAUCUGGCAAGACUCGAAUCCCGUAUCAAUGAAGUGGAAACCAAACUGCAUUUGUUGAGGAAGGAAACACAGGCGUACACCUCUAAAUGUGCAGCAGAUGCAAAAAGGAUGGUGGAGGAGUUAGAGGUGGAUGCCCAUAACUUGGAUAUUGUGGAAGGAGAUGCAGCAGACAUUAAGAAGGCGUCUGAAUUGAAGUUGCAGGAAGCAAUUAAACAAAAUGAAACGGAAAUUCAGCUGUGUGCUCAACAAUUCAUUGCUUUGGUUGAUUCAGUCUCAAAAUACAAAGAGUACGUGCAGUCGAAGCUUAUGGAAAUGAAGAACGAUCUUUCCGAGACUGUUACGGCUGUAUCAGAUGCUUACAAAGGUUCCUGGGAGCCCAAGUAGGUAGUUUCUGAUGCAAAGAACUUAGGGACACCAAUGCAUUUUACAUCUUGUAAAGGGAAACCAAAAAAAAAAAAAAAA